GAAUUGCGGAAUGGCCCUAGCAACCAUCAGAGUUUUUAAAAAGUCCUGUGAAAAGAAGAAUACCAAAGAAAACCCCACGCUGAGGCAUCAAUACCAAGAAUGUAAAACCCAGACCUCAAAAACUGAGAGGGAGAGGAAGAUGCAUGCGUUUUGGGGUGGCUGCCAGCAGGUGGACUCUGAAAGGCCUUAUAGAAGCAGUGCUUCCUGUGGAGGCAAGCAGAAGAUACCAGCCCGUGGAGGUGCCUUCCUUCCCCAUCAUUCUGUACUACGCACCCCAGCACGGCCUGCUGGAGCAAGAUGAAGUGGAAGAGGAUUGCUGUCUUUGUCACCUUGCAGGCGCAGCUCCCACUUACGGAUGCUGUAGCAGUUCUUGGACUGACAGAUCCCCGACUCUGCUACUUACUUGAUGGAUUCCUCUUCAUUUACGCAGUCAUCAUCACGGCCCUUUUUGUGAAAGCUAAGCUUAGCCAGUCUUCUGAACCACAGCUGCUGCUGGGCCAGGAUGAUGUGUAUAAUAAACUGUCCCGUGGGCACAGAGAUGAAUACGAUGUGCUGGGCACCAGGCGAGGCGCAGACCUUGAGAAGGGUGGGAGACACGAGAGAAGAAAGAACCCCCACGACACCGUUUACUCCUCCCUGCAGAAGGACAAGAUGGGCGAGGCAUACAGUGAGAUUGGGAAGAAGGGAGAGCAGCAGCGGCGGCGAGGAAAAGGGAACGAGGCUGUUUACCAGGGGCUCAGUGCAGCGACCAAGGACACGUACGAUGCUCUCCAAAUGCAGCCCCUGCCCCCCCGCUAAGCGGGAGUCACAGUGGGGAUGGGCAGCGGCGAGGGAUGCCCACACGCUUGGGGGGAGGGAGAGGGGGUGAAGGGGAAAGCUUUUUUCAUCCCAAACAAAACAAGCACUGUGUACUUCCUCAGUGCAACAAUCUACUUGGGUUGGUGCACCGAGGUUCCUUCUCUCCUCCUGUGGAAUAAUGUAACCGCAAGCUUUAGCUUCUGAAGCGUACAUACCUGUAAAGUUAUUUCCCACCAGUAGUUAUUAGGUUGUUUUUGCAAGAUUCGUGAGCAGUCCCCACCUCCUGACACAGCUGUUUCUGUAGCUCCUCCUCACCUUUUGGGGGCACCAAGACACACAGCUGCUGGCUCGUAGCAUUUAAGGACUCUCGUUAGCGAUAGGGCUGUCAUUUCCUGCAGUGUUUAUCUUCACGCCAUUUGACAAUCAGCCUCCUGCUUUAAAUUUACCUUUUAAAAACUGCUGCAGCAGAGGACAGUUUUUAUUUCUCUAACUGUGAAAAGUGAUGUGGUGUCAGUGCAGUGAAGGGUGCCAGCUCUUUGACAUCAAACAAGACCUGAACUCCAACAAAAGACAAAGUGCCAUGCGGACAGCACAAGGUGCUAAGAGCCAGGCAAUGGCCAAGAGAUGCCUGGGAAGGCAGAAGCCGGCAGUGCUGCAGUGACAAUGAGAAUGGACUCCAAGUAUGAGAGAAAUGCUGGGAAGGCCGGGAACCUCACCCCUCCCACGUGGCAGAGGGCUGCACCUGCUGAGCUUCUGCCCCGUCACAUUGUUCACAACACCAACAACCACCACCGCUGCAGCCACCUCCCUUUGUAAGAGCUCAUGGGACAAUGGCUGUGUCAGGAAAAAACAAAACUAAUCACUUCUGGGCAACGGAUUCUUCGUAUAAAAGCCAGUACAUAAAUGCAGUUCCAAACCAGCUGAAUUCAUCUGGUUCCUCUUAAAAGAUGCAGGUAUUAUUCCAAAAUGGUAGUUAAGUCCAUAACAUAAUGCAUUUUUGAUGAAUUAAUAAAGUGAGUGUCAAAGACCCACGUGUGCACGGUGCACUGCUGCAUGGUGGUGAUGUGGUCUCCUUGGCCAGCUGCUGGGGUCGGUGUUUCCCCAGCAUCAGCUGGGAGGAUGCGGGAAGCGAUGCUGGGACAGCACCUCAAGCCCCAGCAUGGAUGGAUGCGUUGUUCUCCUCUUGCUGCAGCCCCAGGCAGGGAUUAGAAGGCUGUGCUGUGAGUGCCUGUCAGCAAUGCAGCCAGGGCAGUUGCCCUGCAGAACAAAGAUUAUUAUUGCAGCACGGUGCAGAGGCAGGGAGCAGAGCUGAAGCAGACAAGCUCUCAGCAGCCUGGGCUGCCCAUAGUGGGCCGGGGCAGGUGCACCAGGAGAAGGGGGCUGCCUGCCCCGACACAUUGACAGAACACAAACAAGCGCAUACAUGUUAAAACACUUGGAAAAUGGUUUAAUGAUGUUUACAACAGAAAUGAACUGUACAAUUACAGUAAGUUUAAUAUAUAUAAAAAAUUACAGCAGACAAAUGCAUCUACACAAAAUCUACCUUUUCAUUCUGAUUUACCGUAAUCUACACAAUCUCUCACCGCCUACAGCUAUCUGUAGGCAACCACUGGGAAAAUAAUAAUAAUAAUAAUAAUAAUUAUAAUUAUAAUAAUAAAGGGCAUCUUUAAAGAGACAGCACUUCGCCUUCCUCCUCACCCUCCGUGCAACCAGCAAGGUUUGAAAUGUGUGGGACCCAACCCCUCAGGCUCGGGCGAGGGGCGCAGUGGGUACGGGCACUCCAGGGGGCCCUUCCUGAGCUCUGCUGACCCGAAGGGCCCGGCGCAGCGCUCCAGGGAGGGCAGGAGGAAGCGCCAGGCGGUUAAGACUGAACUUCUCUUCUGUUUUGGAAGAGAAGCAGAAGUGGCUGCUCUGACGUUGCAGCCGUUCUCUGAGCACCGAGAACUAUCGUUGGGUUCCAAAGGACGGGCCCUUCUUCACGCAAAGGGUCGGUUUUCGAACUAACGCAUUAAACGGCUUUUAGAAAACAACAUUUGAGCUCCUUCCUCCUCGGCCCAUCCCUUAAGAGCAGUGAAAAAGCCUUUGCUCUGAGGAAGAGCCCCGGGUCAACGGGUGCGCGGCGAGAGGAAGAUGCUGUCUCUUUAAAAAGAAAGCAAGGAUCCCAGUUGGGAGCGGCCGUCAGUGAAAUGCAAUCCGAAUUGGCGGUCUGUGGAAAUUCUUCAUGGAGCAAUUAUGUACACUUUAAAAACCCUUCGUUUUUGUUUUUUUUGUUUUUUUUUUUUGGUUUUUUUUUUUUUUUAAUUUAUUUAUGAACACCUAGGCAGUGAAAACCGUUAUGUUAAUACAUACAUAGACACACCCAAAACAUACAAAAAUACUAUUAUUUCAAACUACUAAGAAUAGGACAAGUUCAGUUAUCUCCAUGCUAUGACUUUAAGAGCAUUACACUGAAACAAACAAGAAUUUAAACGACAAUUUUUUAAUAUCCCAGAAAUAUACCAAAAUAUACAUCUAAGCUUUGGAAUUACUGAGGUUAGACUAAUGCAAGUGCUGGGUAAUCGUACUUAAUACACAAGUCUAAGGUUCUGCAGGAAAGAAAUUAUCUUUGGUAUCUGCAUCAGGCUAAUAAUAUUAACAUUUGGAUUUUGCUUUGGGAUAGAGCUUGUAUGACCCUAGAACCAAACACCCCCCAAUCAACUGAGAUUAAAAAGAUCCAUGUAAAAAGUUCCUCCGUUUGCAACCCCCCCAAAAAAGUUAAAAAGUCACAGGCAUCUACCUAGCAUAAAAGGUUGAGAAAUACAAUGCAUAGUUGCACAGUGGUGCUGCAAAAAUAAAAGAAAUAUAGAAAAAAGGAGCUAGAGGAGAAAUGAAAAGCUUCUUCUUCUUCUUUCAGGGAUUUCUCACAACAGGACAGCCUCUUCCAAGCAGUGACCGGGGGGGUGAGGGGAGGGGGGAAAGCUCGGAAGUGCACCUCAGCGUGUAUUAAUCGACGUCACCCAGCCCCCAGAGGGUUCGAGCACCCAGCAGAGCAGCCAAUCCUGCGCCCAAGCCUUCAGCCCCCAACCCACCGGCGAGGCCCCCUCCCGGCGAGCCCCUUCCCCGGCGCCGGGCGCCUCGCAGGUGGGCUGGGCGCUGAAGACGCCCUUUGUCUUUGGUUUGUUUGUUUGUUUUGAGUUUAUACAAUCAUUAGGAAAUCUUUGGUUUUGGCUGGAAAUUUUAAAAGAACAAAACAAAACAAAGAAACCGCCCCCUCCCGGCUUAUAGCGCCCACCGUGACCUGAUGAAGGUUCUCUGUCCCGGGGGGCAGGGGAACUACAUUCAAAUAAAGAUGGAACGGGAUCGGGAGGCAGCUGCUGGCCAGUCGGGCAGCGGGGUGGGGGGGCGGGGACCCAGGAUUGUCAAAUAAUAAAGAAGAAAAUCAAACAUUUGGAGACUUUUCUUGGGUUUGGGGUUUUUUGGUCAUGUCGAAAAGCGAGUAGCGUGUCUGCAGCGGGGCCGGAGGCCUGCGGGCCUCGUGCAGCCCCGGGCGGGAAGAGUGGAGGGAGGGGCGGAGAUUCACAGACUAAUCAAGAGGACCCCUUGUAACCAAAGGAAAGAAGAUACAAUUGCAAUUUGCCCUCACUUUGCAGUAGCUUUAAGCAGCGACAUUCAGAGGCGUAAGGGGGUCGCUCCCCGGGCUGCAGGUCACGGGGUGCUAUAGGCCAGAGUUCAGUGUUCGUCAGAGGAGGGAGGGCAGACUUGGCAACUCUGUAGGGUUUGGAGAAAGUUAAAGCAAGUUACUCGGUUACGAGUUAGAAAUGAGGUAUACGACAGCUCCUGUACCUGUGGCGGAUAAACACCCCACACCUACUCACACCUAGCCUUAGACACUACCACAGAGGAAGGAAAUGGAACAACGGCACUGGCGGGACAAAGAGGUACUGCCUGGCUGCCCCCUGCCCGCUGCACCCCUGCCAACAGCCGCGGCAGCUCGGCAGCCAUCCCUUCCCCACGCCAAAGGGAGGCCUGCCCGGCUGCCCAGCGCUUCUCGGGGCGGCUCCACCUCUUCCGCAUGGCGCUCUGCCCUCGCACUCGCUCAGGGCAGGCAGCACCAGGGCCAACAGCGGCCAACGUGUGGAGGGUGGACGGGGGAAGAACUGACGGUUUUGUCUCAACUGCCUCGUUCUCAGGACACUGUGACUGGCGCCCUCGCAUUCUCGGUUAUUUCUCGAGGGGGCUGCGUGAUGUCCAUCGUUUGCCCCUUGGCAUGCGGCUUCCAAUGUCACUGGAUUCCGUCCGCUCGGUAAUUUCAGAUUGCUGUAGCACCACAACACACCAGCUUCGUCCGCACACAACGUUAUCACAUUCAGGGAAUAGGGCUUAAGUAGCUGCUGCGACAAAAUUCAGCAAAGGCAAUAUGAAUCCUGAAGUGGGGCCUAUCGUAGGUAAGAGAAUUUUGUGAGGACAGGGGAAGCUACCUUGAUAAGUUAAGCAUUUGAUGGUUUUACGUAAAGCUCUGCAGGAGGACAUCCACCAGCAGACCGAACCGUUCUUAAGACAGAUCAGCGCAUUUUGGUUUGAGCUACUUGACAAUGUCCUGUUUGGUAGAGAGAUGAGAUAAGGCAGAGGGGGUGUGUUCCAGUUCUGGGGCUGAGCCUCAGCAGCACUAAAGGAACGCCAAAGGGCAUCGUCUUCCCUCGCCUCCCACAAGCUGUUUCAUUUCCUUCCUCAGAUUUGUUUUCCUUAAAGCACACCUUGUUUUCCACUUCUUUUGUUCCAAGUGUUCUUUUCUUUGAGAAGUCAUUUCUUCAAUAUCCCUAUUACCUACCUAUAAAUCUAACUAGCUCUUUGAAAAGUCACACAAUAUUAAUACCACUUUUACAUAAUGUCAGAACAACAAUUCUAUUAGUAAAGCUUUCAGUGAAGUUCUGCAACCCGAUUGGCGUCUGGAGGAAGAGCGGCUGGACAACCCGCCUCGCCCCCUUCCUCCCUCCCUUUCUUCACAAGAGCUCACCAAGCUCACCGGUAAAACAACUCAGCCCAAUAGCACGAGACAUGGACAUGUACAAGGCUACUUUGGGGAGCAAAGAAAGGAGACUUCGUGGCCCCCCUAAGAGGAGGGCCGUACACAAAAGCUGUUGAACAGACUCUGACCUUAGACUACACUGCUUCCUCACUCGAAGGACAGAAACAGUUUUCCCUGACUGUAUCCCAACAUCAGCCUAAGACCUGAAGCACUGGGCAAGCCCCACACUCAGUUCGUCUUCACAGAGUCAAAGCAACUCUAUACAGAAAAGGCGGGAGUACCCAUGAGAGAUCAGGUCCUUUCAGAAAGGGACAGUGACCCCAACUCAACAAAAAAAACCCACCCAGCUUUCUCUCUUACCCGCUCUGAAAACAGCAGAGCUGACGACGUAUCAGUGCCUUUGGUUCCCCACGAGGCCACUGGGAAUUCUCCCACCCCAGUGGAGUCGAGCUCCUCUCCGCAUCACCGCACGCACGCACGCUCUCUCACACACACACACACGCGCCCCUCUUCCCCCGUGCCAUAGGCCUUGAAGGGAAACGAGAAGGGAGCCUUGGGGUGCGGAUGGCAGGGCCACACAUCCCUCCCAAGGUAACACCACUCACCGCAACGCCGAGACGCCAGCAGAACGACCCACACUCUCCCAGCCACCCUCAAAGCCCCCCUCCCACCACAGUCUCACAGUAUUUCAACCCGUUCAGGCACACCAGCCAGGUGUUAGGAGUAGGUUAGCUUUCACUUCUCAGUUUGGUUUUUCUUUCAUAGUUUUUGGUCUAGACAGAUUAGCAUUGCUAUUAGAAAAGGAAGUGUUUAAAAAGUUUUCCAUCUAUUAUCAAGCACUACAAGCCCUACAUUCAGUAACAAGACAAGGGGGAUAAAAGGAACCUGUUUCAUUUUUGCUCUCCCAGACAGAUUAAGAUGUGACAACCAUUCUUCGCCCUCCCCGAAGUCAAACACAAUGGACCCAAUUCAGCUCUGGUGCAACUCAACUAACUGGAACGGAUUUACGUCUCGGUUGAGUCUAACCCAGUACAUAGCCACCUUCUUUCCCCCAAGCCUCCUGCGUACACACUGCCUUAUCUUUAGAUUCCAGCGAAGGGUAAGGAUGGGCCAAGAGGGAGGGAAGUGUGCGCACACUUGAAAGGACCCUGAACAGCAACCCAACCAGUAACCUGCAUGCCACCACGUGCCGUGCUGCAGAUUAGACCACAGAUAAACCAACCAAACAACAAUCCCAAACCCAGGAGCGACAAAAUGUUUCCUUUGGCAAGACAGAUACAAGGAAAAAAAUUCAUGAGCAAACAUUUUCCUUCUAACACAGUCAACCCCCUUCUCUGCCCCCCAACAUCCACCCACCCCCACCCGACCCUAUAAAGUUGUAAGCUAUAAACAGGAUCUCAAAUACAUACAGCAUAAUCAUGUUUAUCAAUCAUAAUAAACAUCAGUUCAACUAAACUCUACAGCUAGAAUUAUCUCAACUAUUUAUAAAGUUUGCUUUUCUCUUCUGAUUUUUUCAGUUUAAAACCAGUUCUGCGACAAUGCUAAGCUAUGCUGAGGUAUUUUAUGAAGGUGCCAGAAGCCAGCUGCUACCCACACGUAUUGUUCUCAGAGCUGUAUGGUGCUACCUUCCACAGAGGAAAGACGGGGAAGGGAACAAGGAGGGAGGGAGAGGAUGGGAGGGGGCCCAGAUUAUUCCAAUGAAGGACAGUGCUUAGCUGUGCAGUGCAAAGCAAACGAAAGCAGUCCAGGUGGUUGCUUCGUUGUUUGGGAUUUGGUCAGAAAAGAAGUACCUGAUACAACCUGACCGUGUCUGUCUACUCAGCUAAAAGGUGUCUCUGCCCUUCUCCCAAGGUAAAACCAUUUGUAAUUCCAGUGCAAUCAUCCUAACGCCCUCCUAACAGCAUCCCAUGGGGGUAACAGCUCAGUGAAGGUACCCGCUAAGAGUGUAUUUGAAGUGGGAGAAACGAAGGCUGAAUGAAGAAGACACAAACACCAAAAAAGAUAGAAUACUUUUUCAUCUGUUGGUGCGUGUUUGACCAUAAAGAUAUGCAAGGUCAGGAAUCGCUUUUCGUUGUUCCAACAGCAUUGGAACAACUUCUUUUGUCAUAAAGGGAUCCAUGCCCAGUUUGGACAUGGAGCAAACGAUAUGAAUAUUUUAAGGAACUGCAAACCAUGAGUCAGUCCGAUAUCAGUUCUGCAUCGCUUUAUGAGUCUACAGCCCUCUAACAUCUUUCUACAUAAGCUCCACUCACAUAAAAAAAGGCGUGGGCUGCAGCACCCUCUAAGACAAAGUCUCUGUCAAAAAUCUUUUAAAUACUCAAAGGGUCUCUUGGCCAUAAAAAGAGAAAGGCUCACGAGCAGCAACAAGACUCAGAUUUAAUGACUGAAAAGAGCAGAACCUCUGUCAUUCUGUACCUUGAAUCCUGUAUUGCUCUAAUAUUUUGGAAAGGGAGGGAGAUAUAAAAAGAGGUAUUCUUACAAAAAUACAAAACAAUUUAAGUUGGCUGUGUGAGAAUUGGCAACCUGAAAUCCAGUGGGGAGCAGCAGGUUAGCUUUGGUAGCACAAUCCAUGGUGCAUAUCCACGAGAUGUACUCAUGCUCUGUGAACAGACAUCACAUAACUGUUUGGGGCAGAACGGGACUAGGACCCUUAAUACAGUUAACCUGGUAAUACACUGACCUACACUUCUGGUUUAAAGCCACUGGACAGUUGGGCCAGACACUCCAUUUUGUAUAGUCCAAGACAACCCAACGGCCAAGAGAAGCUACCUGUCACCCUAAGAAUUUCAUAAAGUUAAUUUUUACUUAAGAAAUUAUCAAUUGAUACUUAAGGUGAAUCAGAUACUUUUGUAGAGUGUCUGUGGUAUGGUUCCAGCUGUAGGAGAUUCUGUGCUCCAUUUAUAAUAAAGUGGAAACUUCUGUUUUAAAGAAUGUUGCUCCAUAGCAAUGCGCACAGAGUAACAGAACUAACAGUGCUAUCACCUUCAGUAACAUGGCUGGAGAAAUGUGCAAAGAGCCAAAGCGCACUGCAAAGCUCACAAAGGUGACACCUGACCAUCAUCUCAAACCAUCUCAAAGCACUAGGAUACAGUAGCGAGAGAAGUAAAUAUGGUUAUAUUUUAAACUGUUGCAGAGGAUGCAUAUAGAGAAUUUUCUCCAACACAUUUUAGUAACAGCCAUUCUUUAACUGCCUCCUGAGCAAAAAAGGUUUAUUUCUGAGGUUCUUUUUUUUUUUUAAGGAAUUAAUCAUCCUAAAAGAAUUUCAGAUGAUCAGAAGUAUACAUUUUUUGUCUAGAUCUGAUGCUCACCGUGAAUUGAAAGUAAAACAAGAGAAGGAGCAAAAUAGAAGCAACACAUUGCUCUUCACCAAAUGAAAAACCAACACGCUACAAGACAGCAUUUGUUCUUAGGUUUUAGGACCAGUAGACAGCUACUGUGGUUAACACUGGCAUCCUCCUUAUUAACUCUAAAAGGUGCAAGAAAUCACAAGCUGCAACUCCAAGUACUUCAGGGCCUACACUGUUUUCACUGAAAAUCUGUCAGCCUGUUCAUUUCAAGAUAAAAUGCAAACUUGAAGCCUCUCGUGUUCUAAAAGGUCUAUAAUUCAAGCCAUCGAAGUAUGCCUUCCUCCUAAUGUUCUUGCACUUUAGUUUCCUCUUGCAAAGUAACCUCACUAGCCCUCAAACAGAACCACUGAGCAACAGCAGCUGCACACUUCUACAUGACAAUCCUUCUAACUCUCAAGCAUGUUCUCCUUGAAGGUUCAUCAGAGCACAGAUUUCUCAUUCAUGGCAAAAUGACUUUUGCAAUCCAAUUUAAUUUGUACUUUCGACAACUCCUUACUGAAGCAGAAGAUCUUCAAAGGCAGUGAUGCAAUGCCACAAUUUCCCAAAGAAAAACUAAACAGUGAGUUCAAAUGACAUUAGCCAACAGGAUGGACAAAAACAGAAUCUCAUAAAAACAAACUAGGUGGUCCUGCAUGUAAUGAGCAUGCUAUCUCCCCAACAACUCUAUGAGAGCAUACACAUACAUACCAUCUUAAAGCUACACAGGGAAAUCAUAAAAUGUACUGCGACAGAAACACAGUAGUAACUCAGAAACUAAAGAAAUCCUCUUAAGGAGAUUUAGACAGACGUGACUUUUGUAAGCAGCAAUACUUCUGUGUACUUUCUGUGAUCUGUUCACGAAGAAUAAUUCUACUCUCACUGCAGCAAGCAGAUUCUGAGGAGUUCAGCUGUUCUAAAGCCAAACAGGAAUAAAUUUUUCUAACGGAAAAAAAAUUCAUCACCAGCUUACAACAGCUCACCCUGAAACCAUUUCCUAAAUACUUCUUCUAGACAUUCAGGGCAUAUCUAUAUUUGUGGCUCCGCAAAUCUUGUGGUUUUUGUCCUUGGCUAUAUGAGAGAGAGUUUUUCAUUCUCUUUUCUUGCACAUGUCCUUUGGCAUGCUUGCAAAUGUGAAAAGCAACCCACAGAUCUGUAAAUACAGAGCCACGAGCUCAAAAAGAAAGAUGCGAUCAGACAUAUUCCAACACACUGACAUUUCUUCUGAUCCUGGCUGAGAAGUCAAUACAGUAGCAAAAUACCGGCACGCUGCUAGAAACUAUCCUAGAAACGAACAAUCUUAGAGAAAAUCUGCCCCUAAAGAGAAAGGAAGAACUUAAGACCGUGAGCAUGUCAUAGAAAAUACCUCCAUUCAACACGUAAAUCCACUUAUACUGGAAUCAGAGGCACUACUUUGCCUAACUAGAGGAAAAAAAAAUCAUUUUGUUUGCAACAUGUAUGCUCUGUGCCUGUCUGCCAGUCUGCAACAGCGCAAGUCCCAGUGCUUCCAGAGACAGUAAUUCUCCAUUUCAAACACUGGUGAACUUCAAAGAUCCCACUGACUGAGUCUCUAUACAAUUGUUAGUCUCUUCAGAUGCAACAACUUUUACUGUCAGCAAGAUGAUUAUUUAAAAAAUAAACUUCUACUCAAUUCCUGUACUUGAUCUCACUCCCAUUCCUUUCACACCCUGAAGUCAUGCACCUGAUUUCUGUCUUUCACCCAAAGACUGGAGGUUGCCAGCAGCCAUGAGACAAAGCACUGCAAGGGAUGAAAAGCAGGCACUGAGAUCAAUGCUCAGUCAUUGGGAUGACACAGGAAAAUACAUCUGAGCAAAUCGAUUUGGGGUUUAACCAAAGCACGCUGGUGAGUAAAGCCAUGGGAUAUGUGCUGCUUGAGUAUUGUGCCAUCUUCCAGAAGCUACAUCAAGCCCUUUCCAGAUAUGUGGCUAUUCUGAGUUUCCAGUUUCUCUCAAAAAAAGGCUUGCUAAGAAAUUCCCUGGAAUCUGGGCCCCAGAGAGGGUGAUGGGGUAGAGAGGAGGAGGGAAAGGGGGUAUUAAGGUGCUCACACCAAAGCCAUGUGACCAAUGCAAAGGUAGUCAGGAAAAAAAGCAGAUUUUUUUAUAAUAAAUAAACCAUCCAAGCUGCAUUAGUGUUCCAGAUAUGUACUCAACAAGACCCUCUCCCAGUCACAAACCAGCAAGAAUGGGACAUGAAAACUCAUUCAGACAGCUAAUGGCACAGUCUCUUUGAACUGUGGAGAGAGGAUAUGCUGAUUAAGGCCCACCCUUCUUUGUGUUUCUUAUAUAUAUGCAACAGCCAUGCCACCCUGCCACAUCUUUAGGGAACAGAAGAUCCAUCGGAGCAAAGACCGACGUAUCCCUAUCUUUAGUGAAAAAGCUUCCUGAUUAAUUGUAUUUUUGCACAGGCGUGAAAGUAAGUAGGAACUUUCAGACUCAGGAACGAACACGAUAGCUGCAGUUUUCCCCAUCCUCUUACUUCACUGAACACAAGUCCCAUGGGGCUUGUGCUCCUUUGGUAGAAACUGUGGUCCACACUGUGGCCUCCAGACCAACACAGUGGGUACCAGCAUCUCCUCUUCCACUUCUUCCCUACCUCCCUGAAGCUCACCCAGCUGUAUCUUUUACUGCUCCGAAGCUAUUACUGUGGGAAAUUUACAUUUUUGCAGUACUAUUCAUAGCCCUAAAAGUCUUCUGUGCAGCCUGAAGUCAGAGAGACAUCAGACACCCCAAAAAUAUGUAAUUUUAGCCAUACUGGUGGGAUGAGGGUGGGACCUGUUGGAUUAACAAACCCCUGACAUUGCCAUUCUAUUUACACAUCAAACAAAAGAAAACAAAGUCAAGUUAAGAGUCUGCCCCAAGGAUAAUACAAAUUACCAACCAACCAACCAAAAAAAAAAAAAAAAAAAAAAGAUUAAAAA